AAGAUGUCAAGCAAAAUUGUAUAAAUUUUUAAUUUUUAGUUCUUUUUUAUGUGAUUUCCUAUUAUAAAGCGAAACUAUUAAAUUAAAAGUGGAUUAUUUAAUGUUAUUCAGCAAAGAAAUGAUAUUUAAGAUGGCCCAUCAAAGCGAUUUCCUUUCUGUGCUAUGUUCCCAACACAAGUAACAAACUGUAUUUAUAGUGUUUUCCAUCGAAUAUAAAGAAAUUUCCUCGGUUUUACCUCUAAAGUGAAGUUAAAAAACCUACAUUAUCUCCCACUGUUCUUCGCGAAUUCGUGCCGUUGUAAAACAAAUACCGAAGAUAAGCGUGAAGUGCUCAGUAUUUAUAAAUAGAUGUGAUCAAAAUGGAAACGCUUUAAUUAAUCUGAUUAAACAAACAUACCUAAAUGAGUCAUGGAAUCUCCCCCAUCGAGUUCAACUUGGUCUGAGGGAUUCAUUUUAAGCGACGACAGCGGCCUGCUUUUGACCAACGAAUCUGCUUCCACCGGUAGUGUAAAUAGUCGCAAUGGAAGGAAAUGCCUUCAUUUCGAGGACAGCGACUGUGAGGAAAAGUCCCUAUCGCAAGAUGAUUCUUUAGAUGGUAUGUCGGAUAUAAUGUGCGGAGAAAAUUUCAACACAUUGAAGAAAGGACCCAAUUGGACAGAUUUCGCCACCAAGCAAUCCUCGCCCAUCGAACCGCCGCCGGAGUUUCAAGACAAACCGCAGAAGCACUCGAUGUUGGACUAUUUCUGCGAUAAACUCGCCCAGCAGAUAAUACGCAAAGCCCUGCACGAAUACAAAGAAGUCGAACACCGAAAGAUCAAAGUUCUGUGCCACUUGCAGUUGCAGAAACCGCCGCAAUACCUACUGCACAGGCCUUGCUUCCCAUCGGAAUUCAUUCCGUUCAGUCCCUGCCACAUCGGCAGGCCCAGCUCGAGGAGUUCGCUGGGCUCCUCUCGACUAUCCAGUUCGCACAACUCCUUGGCCGUUCCUAACGCGCAGAAAGUCGACGAUUCCACGUUCAUAACGCAAGCCGUCUCGCACGACACCCUGUCGUGCAACCAAAUCAGCGAUUUGUACAAUGUGCCGUUCGACAGCGACAUAUACGCCGUACCCGUGGACACGGUCAAGCCGCAAUUGAAGCAGAAACGGUCGCAGCACGUCAAAAAGAAGCGCCGGAACACGGCGGGCGGUUACAGGGACGUCGAGCUCAGGCAAUACCACAUGCUGGGCAACAGGAACACGUUGCAGUUCCGCAGGGCUUUUUGUUUUCAAAAUGACAGCAAGCGGCACAGCGUGGCCGGUUCGUCCACGCAAGGCGAACCGAUCCACGUGACGCUGCAGGAGGUUCGCCAGUAUUUGCAAACGCUCUACUCCAGUUCGUCGGACUCAUCGAUAUCCCGGGAAGCGCCGCCGAAGGCUAAAAUCAUCACGAAUAACAACAGAUAUUCCGUUAACAAGAACCUGGUGCAUUGCAACGAGCAGGAGCCCGUUACCGUUGCGCCCGGUCGAUCGAAGAAGAGCACCUUGUUCAUAAACAUUAAAAAUAAGAAGGUGAAAGAUUCGUGCGAUCAUCACACGGGCAAGCAAAUCAACCUGUCGAACAGGAAGGACGAGAAGCGGAGGAAAUCGCCGACGAAAGUGUUUUCUUUGAAGCAGAUGCUGUGCAACAUGUUUAGAUUUAAGAAGCUGUUCACUCCUGACGAGGUCAAAGAGGACAAUAGGAAAAUUUACAACGGUAAAAGCAACGUGAUGUCGGAGGACGUGUUGCACAGUACGACUAGCAUCAGCAGUAGAGCUUUGCCUCCGUUGCCUCCGUGCAAGGAAGAACAGGAGGCCGAAAACAGAGAUCACAAGAUGUUGGAUUUCGCUACUAGCAUUCAAAGAGUAAAAGACUAUGGUUGGUAUUGGGGUCCGAUAUCCUGCCAAGCAGCUGAAAAAAUACUGUCGAACGAGCCGGACGGAUCGUUCAUUGUUCGUGAUAGCAGCGACGAUCAUUAUAUAUUCUCCUUAACUUUUAAGCUAAAUAACAGCGUUAGACACGUUAGAAUAGAACACGAUCAGGGUAAUUUUAGUUUCGGUAGCUGUACGAAAUUCAAGUCUCAGACCAUCGUGGAGUUUAUAGAGAAUGCGGUGGAGCACUCGCGGAGUGGUAGAUAUUUGUUUUUUCUGCAUCGCAGGCCGGUAAUCGGGCCGGUUAGAGUGCAACUAUUACAUCCAGUGUCUAGAUUUAAGCAAGUUCAGAGUUUACAGCAUAUGUGCAGAUUUGUUAUUCACAAAAAUGUAAGGAGGGAUUUAAUAUCGAGUCUUCCGCUGCCGAGGAGGAUGAUCGAUUACUUGAAUACACCGUAUUAUUACACGGAACUCUUAGUAGAUGUUCGUAGUUCGGAGGAGGAGAAAUUUUCCGAUAAUAAUGGAACGGUAGGAAGUUUAGGUAGUGAACAUAACGUCCAAUUAGUUGAUAAUCAUCCUGUUGUACCUGUUAAUAAUUACGUUGUUGUAAAUAAUGAAAACGCCCAACAACCAUGAAAUGUUGAAUUUUAAGUCUAAAUUUAGUAAAACUAAAUUAUUGCAGCGUUUACUUAAUUGAUGUGAAAAGAUACUCCGCCGUUGAAUCUUUAAGGCAAUAUCAAAAUAAGUAAUACUAUAUUUUUUAUGAAAUUCUAGGUAUUCUAUUUUUAUAAUUUCUAAUUUAUAUGAAACUAGGCACUGAUUUCUAAAUUAACUUAUUAAUACUACGUAGGUGCAUAAUAAAAAUUUGUUACACUUUUGAUUAGGAUAUUUAGAAUUAAUGCAAAUUCAACAUUUCUAACUCGUUGAAAUGAUUUUAAAAAUGUAUUGUUGUUUAAUCAAAAGACCAGUUUCCACGUAAUUAUCAUAGUAAUUGAUUAAUUAAUGAUAAAUUUUUAAAAUUUAUUUUCAAACUACUUGAAAAUCCAGUGAAUUCGUUUAAAAAUUGUCUUUAGAAUUGGAUGUUCUUUAAAUUAGUUGUCAUUGUAGAAAUAAUAUAUAUCAUGUUAGUUCUUCACACGAAUAUAUUCAAAUAGCAAUUAAUAUACUCCCUGAUAUCCAAAAAUGAGUAAUAUGGUUAAAUUAGUUAUUUUUAAUCGAUUGUUUGGAGAAUAACAGACUGAAGAUUUUUGAAAUUUUGAAAAUGUAUUGAGGAUUAUUUUGAUUUUAAAAAGGCUGUUUUUUAAAUAUCUUUGAAAAUCAAUGUUUAACACUCGAGUAAUUUGCCAAUAAGAUUUUUUUGCUACAAUGGCAAGUAACUGACAACGAUACUUUUACGAAAUUUCAAAAUUUAUUUGAAUGUAUAUUCAUUUUUGCAUGAGAAACAUGACAUUACUGCACAUUAUAGUAAUUAUUAAUUUUGUAUAUAUUGUACGCCCCAAUUAUUUUUGAAACCAAAGUUUUAUUGUGAUUUUAAAUACUAGGUAUAUGUAAAUUUUUAUUUAUUUAGAUAAACUGUAUUUGUUAAAUGAAUUUAGUCAUCGUUUCG